ACAGCGAACGAUGACUAGUGUCAGUUUCGGUUUUAGCAAUCUAGCAAACUGGAUGCUGGAAGGUGCUGAAUAUUGCCACUUUUAACCUCUCAUGAUAGACUCUGGACUAAAAAUGGACUUGAGCUCAUGUUGUUGGAGGCUGAGGUGUUGUUCGGGAACAAGAGAUCCCGUGUUUCUCACUGGAGGGAGUUUCCCACCUGACUGGCCCGUCUACAGUGAGACUCUCAUCAAACUCAGUGUCUACGGUGUGAAUGACGGCCACCAGCAGACGAGCAACUUCUUGGGAAGUAGCAGCUUCUCCGUGGCUGAUCUCCUCCAGUCCAAAGACCAGCAGCUUUCUCUCAGCCUGAGGACAGCAGAUGAUUCAGCGACAGUGGGCACAGUGGUGGUGAGCCGGCUGAAGAUGGGUGAGAUUGAGGAUGGCGAGGUGGACCACAUAACCGCCGACAUGCACCAGAAGUGCACGCUGGUGUACGAGUCGUCGCACGGAACCAAUAAUGACAAAGAUAACGGACCAAUAAUGAAUGCUGUGUUUAAGAACGCGGUGUGUAAGGUGUACAGGUUUCAGACGGUGGACAGUAAAUGGAUGUUGGUGCGGGAACAGAUGGCGGAGUGCACACUGUCCUUCAGCAUCCCGAAGCAGCUCAUCGCCCUCUACAUUCAGGAGGACACCUGCAGGAUACAGGAGCUGAAAGAUCUGGGAGAGCUUUCUCCACACUGGGACAACCUACGGAAGGAUGUGAUCUCUCGUUACAACCAGAUCAUCAAAGAAUACCAGGACACGCUGGCGGAGCUCGAGAAACUUACUGGCCCGUCGUUCAAGCCCAGCUGCAGCAAAGGCCAGAGAUAUCUGGAGUUCAUUCCCAUCAACCUGCACACACAGAGAAUGCGGGUGACAUGUCCAAGAAAAACAGAUUCCUUCUAUGAUGUGGUCACAGUAGGAGCUCCGGCAGCCCAUUCGCAAGGCUUCAAGAACGGAGGCUUGCAGAAACUGCUCAGCAAAUACGAAUCCGAGAAGAAGAGCUACAGCACAGCGUAUCAGUGCAUUUACUAUCCUCCAGAUCAGACGGCCAAGGCCAGGGAGAUCCUGUGUGUGGUGUCCCAGCUGCAGCCUCACAUCUCUGCGCUGGCCGAUCAGCUGCUCCAGGCGGCCCAGCACUGCUGCACCGAUGCUCUGAGGGACAUUCUCAAGAGCCUGGAGGAGAAGACGGAUCAGUUUGUUCACGCUCUGAAAGAUGAGCUGGUGAAGAGCGCCCUCCUAGCGCUGCAUGCUGCCCGUCCCGGCUACGUCAGCAAAAGUCAGCCCACCACCAAAACUUCUACUCCGUCCAGCCCACCCAAGGCCGACUCGCACCCAGGCGUGACUGAGGAGCCGCACACCGUCUGCAAUAAUGUUGAUGGCACUCAGACGCCCCCGAAAGAAAGCAAAGCAUCUCCUCUCCGCUCGGACUCCAUCCCGCACCACAAAGAGUACGACGAGGAGGAAUGGGACAGGGUCUGGGCCAGUGUGGCGAAGAGUUUGAACUGUGUCAUUGCCAUGGUGGACAAAUUACAGGAGCAGGACAACAAUAACCAGGAAUCAGCGCCCUGCCACACGCUCGCUGACGUCAUCACCUCACACAGUCCCGAUCGUCCCCUGACAGUUGUGGAUGGGCGGGAUCAGCUCAGUGUCCUGGUUCAGUCCCUGAAGGACUGUGUGGCAGCAGUGGCGGAGCGAGCCAGGCGCUCGGUCAUCUUCGUGCUGCUCCAGGAGGCGGCGUGCAGCACAGCACAGGGUCUGCAGCUGCAGCAGAGACGAGACACGGUCUUCAGCCAAGCUCUGGCUGCUCUGGCGUGUGGAUUUGUCAUGCGAUUAUACGCAGGUUUGGAGGACAAGGGCUUUCUCAGACAGCUGCAUGCGGUCGGACUGGUGGCCCAGUUUGAGAGUCUGCUCAGUACUUACAGUGAAGAAAUAGGAAUGCUGGAGGACAUGGAGGUGGGGAUCUCUGACCUGCACAGAGUGACCUUCAGGAUCACAGAGGCAGCGUCUGAAGAAGCAGUCAGCCUGCAGCCCACCAUCAGCGGUAGACGAGACCGUUACACUGUCGAGGUGCCUCUCCCACAUCAUGCCUUCCAAACGCUCCCGGACGAGCUGCGUGAGGGCAAGCCGCUACGCGUGUUCCCCGUGCUCUUCAACGUGGGCAUAAAUGAGCAACAAACCAUCGCUGAGAGGUUUGGCGACAUAUCUUUACAGGAGAGAAUAAACCAGAAGAACUUCGAGAUUCUAGAAGGUUACUAUAAAUCCUUAACCAACACAGUGCCGUCUGAAUGCCUGCCAUGUUUUCAGACACAGAUGGACAUUAAGGAACUGCUUGACACCCUCGGACAGAAUGUGGUAACCAAGAAGAGGAAGAAUGUGGAGAUCCUGUGGCUUGCAGGAAUGAUCUGUCGACGGAUGAAUGGUAUCCGCUUCACCAGCUGUAAAAGUGCCAAAGACAGGACGUCUAUGUCAGUGACGCUGGAGCAGUGCUCUCUGCUGCGGGACGAGCACCAGCUCAAUAAAGAUUACUUUGUUCGUGCUCUGGACUGCAUGCGGAGAGAAGGCUGCCGGAUUGAGAAUGUGCAAAAGAAUAUAAAGUGCAGAAAAUAUGCUUUCAACAUGCUCCAGCUGAUGGCCUUUCCCAAAUACUACCGGCCACCUGAAGGGACGUAUGGGAAGGUGGACUCAUGAAACAGCACUUAUUAUACACAGAUACAGUGGGGUUCAAAAGUCCACAUUGAAAAUCAUGAUUUAAAAUUAAAAAAAAAAAAAAAAAAAAAGUCAAACAAAAAACAAUGAUACGAAAUAAUGCUUGGAUGACAGAAGCCCUUGAGCAAAACCUUAUAUACCAAAUACUUCAUUGCUCGGUUUCACAGACUAGGCUUAAAGGAUUAGUUCACUUUCAAAUGAAAAUUACUCCAAGAUUUACUCACCCUCAAGCCAUCCUAGGUGUAUAUGACUUUCUUCUUUCUGAUGAACAUAAUCGGAGAUAUAUUAAUAAAUAUCCUGACCCGUCCAAGCUUUAUAAUGGCAGUGAAUGGGAUCAACGAUUAUGAAGCUGAAGAAAGUGCUUCCAUCCAUCAUAAACGUACUCCACACGACUCCAGGGGGGUUAAUAAAGGCCUUCUGAAGCGAAGCGAUGCAUUUGUGUAAGAAAAAUAUCAAUAUUUAACAAGUUAUAAAGUAAAAUAACUAGCUUCUGCCAGACCACCUUCCGUAUUCAACUUAGGAAAAAAGCAUAACUGAUGUCGUGUCAGUUACGCUUUUUCAGUAAGUUGAAUAGGGAAGGCGUAGGACGUAGCGUAAGCGGUUUCAACUGCGAGAAUUUUUACACUUUCUUAAGUUGAAUACGGAAGGUGGUCUGGCAGAAGCUAGUGUUAAAUAUGGAUAUUUUUCUUACACAAAUGCAUCGCUUUGCUUCAGAAGGCCGUUAUUAACCCCCCUGGAGCCGUGUGGAGUAUGUUUAUGAUGGAUGGAUGCACUUUCUUUAGCUUCAAACUCAUUGGUAACGUUUACUGCCGUCAGAUGUGUCAGGAUAUUUAUUAAUAUAACUCCGAUUAUGUUCAUCAGAAAGAAGAAAGUCAUAUACACCUAGGAUGGUUUAAGGGUGAGUAAAGCUUGGGCUAAUUUUCAUUUGAAAGUGAACUAAUCCUUUAAGACAUCUGUGAAACCAGGCCAUUUCCUUUUAUUUAAAUUUACACUCAAAUCUCAGACUUUUGAACCCUGCUGUUGUGUGUGUGUGUGUGUGUGUACGUGCACAUUACAGCCAAUGAAGAGCAGAAAAGUUGCUUUUUUUAUGUUUUUAAAUGUUUUAUGUUUUAAAUGUGCAGAAUAUGUUCAAACAGAAGGUCUACUGAAAAGGACAUAGUCUUUUUUUUAUGGUUUCAAGAAACAAUGCAGUGCAUUAUUUAAAAAUAAUUUAAAAAUACUAAAUGUAUAGUAAAUAUACAUUUUUUACAUACAUGUCAAAUGUGUAGAAAUGUUUUCUAUUGAAAGUUAAAAGGCGAGAGAUUGUUUUGCAGGAACAGGAACUGUCUGAAUAUGUAGCUUUGAAUGCCAAGUAGCUGUUUGCACCCCUGUCACAUUCAUCACAUGUCUGUAUAUAUGUGUCUCAAGACCAGAAAUAUUUUGUUAUUGUUUUGGUUUUUCUAUUGAUUCUGAAAGUGUGUACUGUUUGCUUUUAUAUUUGUGUAUAUAAAUACAUUUCACUGUCA